ACCCUCUCCGUACGCCCAGGCAGGCGCAUUGUACAAAAGCACAUCAAGAUGAAGGAAGCUAUUGUUGCACCAGGUCCCAAGGUGUCUUUGGUGGACUCCCCUAUUCCUCAGCCAAACGAUGACCAAGUCCUUAUUCAAGUCGUGGUGAGCGGAUCAAAUCCGAAAGACUGGAAAUUACCGGAGUGGUUUGGAACGAAUGAUAAUCCGGGUGAUGACAUCGCUGGCAUCGUCCAUCAAGUCGGGAAAAAUGUCUCCGAGUUCAAGCCAGGUGAUAGAGUUUUCGCAUUUCACGAAAUGCGCACACCUGGCGGAAGUUAUGCCGAGUAUGCUGUAGCCUGGCAGCACACAACAGCUCAUAUACCCGCGAACACGAGCUUCGAAGAGGCGGCAGCAGUUCCGCUCGCCGCUCUCACUGCCGCAGUAGGUCUGUACCGGCACUUGCAGCUUCCACAGCCCUGGACGCCUGCUACUGAUACCACCCCCUUGGUCAUCAACGGCGCAGCAUCCGCAGUUGGGAUUUAUGUGGUUCAGUUGGCGGCACGAGCGAGUAUUCAUCCACUCAUAUGUGUGGCGGGCAAGUCAACGGCGCAUGUUGAGUCGUUCAUCGAUCGGUCCAAGGGAGAUGUAGUCAUUGACUACCGCGAGGGCGAUGACGCUGUGGUUGAGGGUAUCAAGAAGGCGGCACAGGGCCAGAAGCUCCUUCAUGCUUAUGAUGCCGUGUCAGAGAAUGGGAGCCAUAUCAACCUCGGCAAAGCCCUGUCUCCAGGUGCCACUAUCACGACAGUCCUUCCCACUAAAGACGACGAUGUUUCCAGUAACGUUCGCAUCAGUCGAACCUCGGUCGGAUCGGUGCAUCAGGACGACAAAGACUUGGGCUAUGUCUACAUGCGUUUUUUCGCGAAGGGCCUGCAGGACGGAUGGUUCAAAGCACAACCCCAAGAGAUCGUGCCGGGGGGUCUUGAAGGAGUCCAGAAAGCCUUGGAAAACCUGAAGGCGGGCAAGGCUAAUGCUGUGAAGUAUGUUUUCAGGAUUGCUGACACAAAGUAA